GUGAUGGGUUGACAGGUGCGUGACAGUGGGAGCUGCUCUCGGCACAAGCAUGUACGGCAAAGGCAAGAGUAACAGCAGCGCCGUCCCGUCCGACAGCCAGGCCCGGGAGAAUGGAUACAUUUCUGGGAUCCUCUGGAGCUGAGCUGCCACUGACUCGGGGUGUCCAAAGCCUUCCUCCUGUUUUCCUGGGAUAUGCUCCAUUGAGCAUGUGGUAGCACUGGUGAAGUGGUUAGCGCUCUACGUAUAUGAAUAUCUGCUCCAUGUAGGAGCUCAGAAAUCGGCCCAAACAUUUUUAUCAGAGAUAAGAUGGGAAAAAAACAUCACAUUGGGGGAGCCGCCAGGAUUCUUACAUUCUUGGUGGUGAGACUACUCCUCAAAAUACCAUCACACAGGGAGUCAGGACUUCCACGUCUGAACUUGGAGAAGUGUGUUUUGGGAUCUCUACUGUGCAGCUCCAGAGAGACGGGAAACGUGUGAACACUCCAGCGAAGCAAAAGCCUUCCAUGAUUAUAGUGCUGCAGCAGCUCCCAGCCCCGUGCUAGGAAACAUGCCCCCAGGAGAUGGCAUGCCAGUAGGUCCUGUGCCACCAGGGUUCUUUCAGCCUUUUAUGUCCCCUCGGUACCCUGGAGGCCCAAGACCCCCACUGAGGAUACCUAAUCAGGCACUUGGCGGUGUCCCGGGAAGUCAGCCAUUACUCCCCAGUGGAAUGGACCCGACCCGACAACAAGGACAUCCAAAUAUGGGUGGACCAAUGCAGAGAAUGACUCCUCCGAGAGGAAUGGUGCCCUUAGGACCACAGAACUAUGGAGGUGCAAUGAGACCCCCACUGAAUGCUUUAGGUGGCCCCGGAAUGCCUGCAAUGAACAUGGGUCCAGGUGGUGGUAGACCUUGGCCAAACCCAACAAAUGCCAAUUCAAUACCGUACUCCUCAGCGUCUCCUGGGAAUUAUGUAGGUCCUCCAGGAGGUGGAGGGCCACCAGGAACGCCCAUCAUGCCUAGUCCAGCAGAUUCAACCAAUUCUGGAGACAACAUGUAUACUUUAAUGAAUGCAGUACCUCCUGGGCCUAACAGACCUAAUUUUCCAAUGGGCCCUGGGUCAGAUGGUCCCAUGGGUGGCUUAGGAGGAAUGGAGUCCCAUCACAUGAAUGGCUCUUUAGGCUCAGGAGAUAUGGACAGUAUUUCCAAGAAUUCUCCCAAUAAUAUGAGUCUGAGUAACCAGCCGGGCACCCCAAGAGACGACGGUGAAAUGGGGGGAAAUUUCUUAAACCCUUUUCAGAGUGAGAGUUACUCCCCUAGCAUGACCAUGAGUGUGUGAUCCAUUACAAGUCUCCUCAUGAAAAGCAUCGUGAGUCAGCCCUUCACAGAACUACUACGGAAGAAAACUGCUCAUCAGUGUACGGUUAAAGGAAUCCCAGUCAACCAAACCAACCUUUUAGCUCCUGCUCUCCCCAUUUUGUGAAGAAAGCGGGUCCAAACGUGAUUCAAACAACUGUACGGAGUGGCACAUUAGAAUUGCCCUAAACUGAACUGCAAAUAAUCAUCUGUGUAUGUAUAUGUGUGGGAAAGAGAAUGUAUCGUAUAUGCAGAUCUAUAUGCACAUAUACGCAUACAUACAUUGACCCACAGGACAUUGUAAGAUAUUAUCACAUGACAUCUUAGUAGAAGUAAGUAGGGACUUUUAUUCCAUCCUUUUUUUCACGUUUACAUUUUAAUUAUUAAAGGUUGCUCCUGCCCCUCCCUGAACUAUUUUGUGCUGUGUAUAUCACUGCUUUAUAUAAGUUAUUUUUUAAGGUGAACUCAGAUGUUAUGGUUUUGUAAAUGUCUGCAAUCAUGGAUAGGAAUAAAAUCGCUUAUUUGAGAGCUUUCAUUCA